GAGGAGCGACGGAUAAAAGGGCCUCGGGAACAGUCAGCAGUUUCGCAUCACGAUAAACAAGGCAGGCACGGCGGACUACAAUACAGGAGGAGCAUCUUAGACAGCAUACCAGAUACCUACUUAAAGCUAGACGAUACCCUUUUCGUUGAAUAACGAACCACACCACUCACCAUCUCAUCAUCUCCCCAUCACUUACUAUCGCUUUAUCUUCCUCUUUUUCUUCCCCACAAUGUCUUACGAUAGCAAGUUACCAAUCAUAUUAGAGGCAGAGGAGCUUGUCUCGUCAGAGCACUCAGACUCAUCCGACCACCCUGUCUCGUCAGAACAGCCCGUCUUGUCAGAACAGCCUGUCUGGCGAACCAUCCUGUCCCGUCAGAGCGAUGCCUGGCAAAGCAUCCUGCCCCGUCAGAGCGAGCAGGUUCAUCAGAGCGAGCAGGCGCCUGUCUCGUCAGAACAGCCUGUCUGGCGAAGCAUCCUGUCCCGUCAGAGCGAUGCCUGGCAAAGCGUCCUGUCCCGUCAGAGCGAGCAGGUUCAUCAGACAGAACAGCCCGUCUUGUCCGAACAGCCCGUCUUGUCCGAACAGCCCGUCUUGUCCGAACAGCCUGUCUGGCGAAGCAUCCUGUCCCGUCAGAGCGAGCCUUCGUUGUCCAAGUUGAACGUGGAAGCGCCCGAGUUCAAGUUUAACCCCAACAGCACUUUCAAGCAGGUUCAUCAGACAGAACAGCCCGUCUUGUCAGAACAGCCCGUCUGGCGAAGCACCCUGUCCCGUCAGAGCGAGCAGGUUCAUCAGAGCGAGCAGGCUCAUCAGAGCAAGCAAGCUCCUGUAGACCCGGCUAUCAUCUCGUCCAAGUUGAAGGCACCCCCACAGGAGCAACCUACGCAGACUGUGGCUGACGACAAGAGCUCCGUCCAACCGACUAAGCCAUCGUCCGCACCUACCAGUACCACCGCGGACUCAAAGGUUGAGUCUAAGCCGGAUGUGAAGACAGCUUAUCAGUGGAAGCAUGUGUUUGGCUAUUACGGUCGAAUGAAAUCGGAAUGGAACGAGGUCAUGAAGGAGGUCCUUGAUGUCCACGGAGAACGCUAGGAACGUACGUAUUCGGUGUAUACAUUCGUGACCAUGACAUAUAUCAAUCAACCAGUGGUACUUACGAGCUUCCCAGAGACCGAUGCCAUAUUUCACGACAUUGGCCUUCAGAUGCCUACCCAAAGCGAAUAUCGGGUUCUCUCUCUCAUGCUACUUUCCGCAGAGGAUGUGCUGAAAGGUCGCACACUUCAGCGGAUUGAAAUUGUCGAACAAGCCUUCCGUACCAAGAGCCACUCCCCCUGCAGGCCGGCAAUCAUCUUCUGCCUCGAGGAUAGCAAAGACGGAAAAAGAAAGGGGAUGGACGCCUUCAUUGAACUUCAAACCAGGCACGUACUU